AAAUUUCAUUUCCCUGUUUCUCUAAGACAUUGUACCUGACAGUUUGACACAGUGGGUUUUUGAGUGAGCAAAAAUGGCAGAGGCAGUGACAGCUGGAGGGCACAUUGUGAAGAUGGAGGUGGAUUACAUGCCUACCUGUGAUGAAAAGAUUCCCCAAUGCCAAGCGUUAGCUGCCGAGGGGAAGCUCCAGGAAGCUCUUGACAUCCUCCUUGCCCUCGAAAAGCAGACCAGAACUGGGGCCGACAUGCACAGCACAAGCCGUGUGCUGGUCACCAUUGUGCAGCUCUGCUUUGAAGCAAAGAAGUAUGAGCUGCUGAAUGAGCAGAUUGUUUUGCUGAGCAAGAGAAGGAGUCAGCUGAAACAGGCUGUGACCAAGAUGGUCCAGGAGGCAUGUACUUAUGUCGACAAAAUGCCUGACAAGGAGACCCAACUCAAGCUCAUUGACACGCUUCGUACUGUCACAGCUGGGAAGAUAUAUGUGGAGGUGGAGCGUGCUCGACUGACGCACAAGCUGGCCAUAAUGAAGGAGUCGGAAGGUGACAUCACAGAGGCAGCUACCAUCCUCCAGGAGCUCCAGGUGGAGACAUUUGGCUCCAUGGAUAGGAAGGAGAAGGUGGAGCUCAUCCUGGAGCAGAUGAGGCUCUGCAUCGCCAAGAAGGACUACAUUCGCACACAGAUCAUCUCCAAGAAGAUCAAUGUGAAGUUCUUCGACGAGGAAGGGACGGAAGAGCUGAAGCUGAAGUACUACAGGCUCAUGAUUGAAGUCGACCAGCAUGAGGGGUCUUACAUGAGCAUCUGCAAGCAUUACCGUGCCAUCUACAACACUCCAGGGAUCAAAAACGACAUAGAACAGCGGAGGCUGGUCCUGAAGAACAUUGUCCUCUAUCUCCUCCUCUCCCCUUAUGACAAUGAGCAGGCAGAUCUUACUCACCGCAUUUGUGAGGACAAGCAGCUUGAGGAAACUCCACUGUACAAAGAUCUACUGGAGCUGUUCAUGACAUCAGAGCUGAUCAAGUGGUUGGGAAUGUGUGAGACGUUCGAACGGGAACUGAGGAAGGGGAGCGAUGGGUCUCCACCAACAGAUGUCUUCCUCGAUUCCCCGGAAGGGAACAAACGCUGGAAGGACCUUCAGAACCGCGUUGUAGAGCAUAACAUUCGAGUGAUGGCAAAAUACUACACCAAGAUCAGAGUACAGAGGAUGUCGGAACUCCUGGCACUUCCCAUAGAGGAAACAGAGGAAUUCCUGUCAAACCUGGUGGUGAAGGGAAUGGUUUCUGCCAAGAUGGACCGACUGGAGGGAAUCAUCUCCUUCUCCCCCCCACGCCCCACCAACGAGGUGCUCAAUGACUGGGCCACCAGUGCAGCCUCUCUCAUGCAACUGGUGAACAAGACCACCCAUCUCAUCCACAAGGAGGAGAUGGGUAGUCCGGUGGUGCAUUUCUGCCCGACAAAAGAAAACAUUCUGAGUGCCAUGGCCACAAAGGAAUGGAAGCUGGGUGACACUGCACCCUUUGACCCCCGGUUCCCCAACCAGAACCAGACCAAGUACUGCUACCAGAGUUUCGUGGACUUUCACCGGUGCCAGAAGAUCAAAGGCGAGGGGUACGAGCCGUGCCAAUACUUCAAGAAGGUCUACAAGAGCAUUUGCCCCCACUCGUGGGUGGAGAAGUGGGAGAACCAGCUGGCCGAGAACAGGUUCCCGGGCAAAAUCUGAAGAUUGUAUAGAAAGUUUGCGAGGGAACUCUCCUAUGCAAGUUUGUAGAAACGAGAGGAGGUGUGCAAUCCAGGCCUGCUUCUUUUCGAUCUUGAAUGGAAGUGAUCCCUUAUUCGUUGUAUAGCAUAGUGUCUUGAUAAGUACGAAUAAAUUCCUUGCCCAUG